UCGGCCGGGUCGUAUGUAGCAUGAACCUGCUCUUCAGGCUGCAGGAAGCAAGCGAGUGCAAUGGGGUGCGCUGCCAGCAUUGCUAGACAACGUUCCCUAAAUGAUGUUUCGGAGGCAGGGCGCAAGUCGUCCAAGGGGACAGAGGCUACUGUAGCAACAAAUGAAACGAAGGGCUCCAUCUUCCGGAGGGUCUCGUUGGGCUCCCUUGGAUCAUUGCUGUCCUGGCGGCGAAAGUCGCAGGAUGUUGUGGGAACACAGGAAGUAGCGCCGCUCGAAAAGGAGAAGGGGCCACCUCGAACACUGGAGGAGCGCAUCCAGCCACUCGGAAGGGCGGUGGACCUCACGGGCAUAUUGAAUAACGACGCUGAUGUAGCCCAAUUGUAUUUUUUUUCUGACUUCAUGCUCUCCAAGAGAACUAUGGUGGUCAUCCGACUUGUAACCGAAAAGCGGACAGAUGAACUCAUGGCGUGCAAGCAGCACAACCUUCGGAAAAGUGAUAGAACCUCGAAGCAUGACCGGUCCCCGGACAUGAUCAAGCAGCAGGCCAUCAUGCUCAAUGAGUGCAGCUCCCAUCCAAACAUCAUUCGGUUGCAGGAGGCGUUUGUUCACAACGGAUAUUUCUACGAAAUCUUGGAAUAUGCCGCUGGUGGGAGGCUGUUCGAUGCUAUCCUCGAUGCAGAGUAUCACACGGAGCAAGAAACUGCAAACAUGGUGCUGCAGCUUUUGAGCGGAGUGCAGCACAUGCACGAUAGGAAGCUGUGUCACCGUGAUAUCAAGCCAGAGCAUGUUCUGAUCAAGGAGCGGUCGCCCGCGCAUUCGGCAGAGGUCAAGCUGUGUGACUUUGCAACGGCAUGCUUGUUCACUCCUGGAGAGUCCAUGACGGAGAAGGUGACCACUCCGUAUUAUGCUUCACCACAAGUCCACGAGGGCUUGUACACAGAAUCCGUCGACGUGUGGUCAUGCGGCAUUGUGAUGUAUCUUUUGCUGACAGGAUACCCGCGAAAGACGAAGGCAAUAGCGGAACAUCCAAACAACUAUCGUGGAGAUGACUUUCUGAAAGCCUUGACCAAGGGCAAGCUGCACAGCUUGCAGGAGAGAGGAGACCACAUCUCGAGCCAAGCAAAUCACCUGCUGGACCAAUUGCUGGUGACUUCUGAGGAGCACCGGGCCACACCCAGAUUCGCAAUGAAGAAUGCCUGGUUGAAGCACCAUGCUCCACAGCAUGCGCCCAGCAGCCCCCGGGAGGGAUCAGCGGUCAGCUACGUGCCGGGGCAGUGCCCCGACCGCGCUGGCUUGCUCUUUUAGUGCAGUCUUCCUGCCCAUGUGCACAUAUGGGGCAGUGGACAGGUUGUACUUUCGUGCGGAAAGAGGGCAUGCCCCAGCAGCAUAGCCUU